GCUGUUAUACAUCACUAGCCAUCUGCUUAGGAAGUGCAUUAUUUUUGCUAUGCAACUCUGGUUAAUUAUGUGACAGGAAGGACAUGAAGUGCCUUUGCAGAUAGUGUGACUUUAAGACAGAGCAUCCAAAUCCUGCUUCUCAAUGAAGGCUGAACAACUGAGAGUUCCCUUUUGGAUCUCUUCCAGUCUGCUAGGUGAAAAUCGGUAACCAGAACUGGAGUGACCCCAUGCAUUAAGUAUGUCCAGGAGGAAGUCAGAGAACAAAAGCCUUCCAGGCUUGUUACUUGCAUCUCUUCAGACACAAAUAAAAACGGAGAACUUUCACAGUUUCUACGAAGUUGAAACAAAAGAGUUGGGAAGAGGAAAAUUUGCUGUGGUUAGAAAAUGUGUUGCAAAAUCCACAGGCCAGGAGUAUGCAGCUAAGUUUUUGAAAAAGAGGAGAAGAGGCCAAGACUGCAAAGCAGAGAUCCUGCAUGAAAUUGCUGUUCUAGAAGUAACAAAGCCAAGUCCCCGUGUAGUAAAUCUCCAUGAAGUGUAUGAAACAACACAUGAAAUCAUUCUAGUAUUGGAAUAUGCCGCUGGAGGAGAGAUAUUUAAUUUAUGUCUUCCUGACCUAGAAGAAACCAUACAUGAAACUGAUAUUAUUAGGCUUGUACGACAAAUACUCGAAGGCAUCUCUCAUCUGCAUCAGAACAAUAUUGUCCAUCUUGAUUUAAAGCCUCAGAAUAUUUUGUUGAGCAGUAUAUGUCCCCUUGGUGAUAUCAAAAUUGUUGACUUUGGUAUGUCUCGGAAAAUUGGCAAUUGCAUUGAACUACGAGAAAUUGUGGGAACGCCUGAAUAUCAAGCACCAGAAGUCUUAAACUAUGAUCCUAUUACUACAGCAACAGAUAUAUGGAGUGUAGGUGUGAUCACAUACAUGCUCCUUAUACACGAAUCUCCAUUUAUGGGAGCAGAUAAACAAGAAACAUACCUCAAUAUUUCUCAAGUGAAUGUGGAUUAUUCAGAAGAAACAUUUGCGUCAGUUUCACUGUUAGCCAGAGACUUCAUCCAAAAGCUGCUUGUUAAAAAUCCUGAAGAACGACCAACAGCAGAGGCCUGUCUGACCCACUCUUGGCUUCAGCAAGGAGAUUUCUUCUUCUUGUACAGUCCUGAAGAAAGCCCCAGUUGUUCUCCAGCUCAUGAUCAUAUGAGCAAGUGCACAGAAGAGAGAAAUAAUAAUAGACCCAUGUGUAAUGGUACAUGCAGCGAGCGGGACGAUAAAGAGAAUAUUCCAGAAGACAGCAGUACAGUCUCCAAACGAUUCCGUUUUGAUGAUUCCUUGCAAUAUCCCCAAGAACUCCCAACAGACUUUGUAUGUUAACAAAUGCACUUCUGCCAAUUAUAUUGAACUGAAUUUAGGACUCUAAUCUACUCCUGUGGCACAUGUUUUCAGAUUGUGGCUUGUCCACUACUGCGUUGUGGUUAAUGUUAUCCUGGAAAUGCACUUUCAACUGAUCUUGUUUUGAGCCUUCUUUGUGCUGCCAUUGCUGGCAAUGGGCUUGACUCUGGGAAACUGGAGUCUUUGGCACCUGAAGUGGCUGGUCUUUGGAAGCAAACAGGUAACUGAGUAUAUUUGCACUUUUUACCUUGAGUCCCAAACAUGAUUUUUGGUGUGUUUAAAAUAGGCAAACUGGGAAUAAGUAUAUUUGAAUGCCAUCAACAAAGCCUCAAUAAACACAUCAUAACCAUGUUCAAAGCCAAA